AUGCCUAGAUUCAGGCUCAAGCGGGCCGAAAGCGGCAUCCUACCGACCUGGCAAUGAUGGUCCAACCUCAUAACCCAAAUAAUGUUCUCACGAAUUUGCUGCAUAUCAUGAAUGGAAAACUUAGCGUUGCUUUUUGCCUUUUGGCUCCCGGCUCAGCCUCUCCGGAAUGGUUGUUUUACGAUAUCAUAUCGUCCUGCUUCUGGAGAGUAUUCGGCUCUUUACUGUACCUUUCGAUACACCUCACAUAUACAUGCCUUAUCCUCUCUGGCUUUGGGUAAUUUUGGCUUUUGCACGAUGGACAGACAACUUUCUUCUUCACGAGUAGCUAGAGAAACCAGAUCUCGGAGAAAAUGUAUUCUUAGCAAACAAACACCUCGUUCCUUUGCAUCGUAUCCUGUGUUGGUUGAUCCUUUCCCUUCGUUGGCUGAUCCUCCAUCUUCUCGAAUAGGCAUCGGAUUCGUUUAGGCUUCCCCGCCUCCGUAGCCGAGGGAUAUCAAUAGAUCGAUAGCCGAGCAGCCACGCCUCCCCAACUUGUCGAGACAUGUGAAAGGAAACCUAUCAAGAACUUCCUAUCUG